AUGUUGCUAGUGACCCGCCCAAAAUUCACUCAACCUUUAUCAAAUCGGGAUUACACUUCUGAUAAGCCAUUAAGGCUAAAUGUUCGUGUAGAAGGCAAUCCUGUGCCAGAGGUUAAAUGGCUUAAGGAUUGGCGGCCAGUUGCCGAAUCUUCACGCGUUCAUCUGAUUCAAGAAGAUUCGAAUUUGCGUACACUGCUUAUUGAUCAACCCAUUUGGAGCGAUUCCGGCAUUUAUACCUGUACUGCCUUCAACGACGCAGGUCAAGCAGUUACUUCUUGUACUAUUACUGUAGAAGGUUAUCCAAAUAUUUUUUAA